AUGCGUCGUACUUUCACAUCACUCCUUUAUGGACGCCGCUGUGUCCAAUCGGCUUUAUUGGCUGCUGUUACUACUACUACUACUACUACAACGACUGCGGCUUCUAAUAUCACUUCCCCUGUCUCUGUGGCGCUGAACACAUGUAUGCGUUUGCAGGGAACUCGACAGGGACCCCCGAGUGGUGUUCCACCGGAGCUGCGGGCUCCCGUGCAGGGUUCUCGUCCACAACAGCCAAUGGAGAAUGUUGGCGAGGGUGAGGAGCCCGCGUUUGAGCCACCAAAGAAACCGGAAGAACCACCCAAGAUGUUAAAGAUUGAUACCAAUGAUAAGGGUAUUGUAACUAUUCAUCUCUGUCGUGCUCCGGUGAACUCCCUCAACCUGGAACUCCUUGAUGAGUUUAAUAAAUGGAUGUACUGGCUUGGCAGUGAUGAGAGUUGCCGCUCUGUUAUCAUCACCUCUGCGAUUCCCACGGUCUUCUCUGCUGGUCUUGACAUUUUGGAGUUGCGUAAUCCCCAGCCGGAGCGCCUUGCCCGUUUCUGGCAUGCCUUUCAAGAGACAUGGCUUAUUCUGAACACCUUCCCGAAGCCCAUUGUCUCUGCAAUUAACGGCAACUCCCCUGCCGGCGGUUGUAUCUUCGCUCUUGGCAGUGAUGCCCGUGUGAUGGCGGCCCACCCCGCCGGCAAGCCGGAGCGUCCCUACCGCAUUGGCCUCAACGAAGUGAAACUCGGCAUUCCCGCGCCGGCGUGGGCCAUUCGGGCGUACGCGGCGGUGUUGGGCCCCCGCCGGGCGGAGCGGAUGGUUCAACUCGGCGAGACGCCCACCGCUGCGGAGGCCGCGUCGAUUGGACUCGUCGAUCUCGUCGUUGCGGAGGAGGGCGACGUGUUGGCGGCGGCCACGCGGGAGGCGGAGCGAUUCCUCGCCGUGGCUCAACCAUCACGGUGGAUGAUGCGGGAUAUCAUGCGGCGAGAACUGCUGGAGGAUAUUUACAGUGAUGAGGCGCGCGAACACGAGACGCAGUUUGUGGUGGGCCUCAUGAUGGAUGCGGAGGUGCAACGGAGUUUAGAGGCAUACGUGGCGCGGCUCAAGGGAAUGCCCGCAAAGAAGUAA